AUGAACGACGAUAAUGAGUACGAAGUCGAGUCUAUUACGCAAGCCAAAGUAACCAAGAAGAAAGGCAAGGGUCAGAAAUUGGUUUGGAAAUACUGCGUCAGAUGGAAAGGCUAUAGUCCAGAACAUGAUACGUGGGAGCCAACGGAAUCAUUCGUGGGUUCUGAGGAUAUUGUUCAAAAGUUUUGGGAACGUGCCGACUCGGGUGGACGCGAUAUCAACAACUUGAGCCUUUUCAAAGAAGGUGAUUUAUUCCUGCCCCUCGGUCCUCCACGCCGAAAAAUCAAGCGGAAGUCUGUCGUGAAUCCAUCUUCACUAUCCCCAGCAGCAGGCCCAACGCCGUCCAGGCCAGAGGGUUCUAAUCAAGUUGAAAACAAGAUCUCUACGAAGCGACGACGCAGCAGCUUUGACAAGAAGGGAGGGGACGAUUAUCCAGCUAAACGCCCUCGUGAACACGAGGACCUUUUUGAAAGAACCCUUGAAUCUGUUGCUUCUCCCACCAUUCCUACAAGAAAGCCUUUGCCGACCAACUUGAAUGGGAAGCCCCAAACCUUAAAGGUGGCGAUGACACCAUCUGCAUCGUACAGGAAAAAUAAGAGACCCCAUCGAUCGCCCUCUAUUGAGGUCAUUCCUGAUUCUGACGAAGAAACGGAGGGUGGCAUCAGAAGAGACAACGCCGUAUCGGAUUUUCAGUGUUCCACUUCUCGGAAUCCCCACAAUUCUGAACGACUCGAUGAUUCGGUUCACUCACCUUCCUUUACUUCCAAACUACCAUCGCAUCGGAUGCGUGUGGAAAUGCCUCUCGUGAAGAUGAUGGACGAUCCCAAUCUUUCCACGAUAGAUGGAGCAAUUCCCGCCAAGAUGCGUGUGCUAGAAAAAAAGUCGGCCUCUUUGGUCACCGCGGAGGAACGUGGUCGAUCGCGUUCAAAACCUGGACCCGGCCGAUCUUCUUCUGGUUUCAUUAGCAAAUCGAACGCCUUAACCCUCGACAAAAGUUUCAACAAAACCACGAAAGGUGCACUCCACAAAAGUGUUGAGGGAGAGAAUGGCAGCCAAGAUAUCACACAGGACACUCAUGAGACGGAAAUACAUGACUCUCCCCUACCUGAAAUACCGGGAAACAUGGUCACACCAUCGGGAGAAGAGUUGUUGAAACUUGCCGGUCUCGAUCCGGAUGCUGCGGAAACACUUCCCGACUAUGAAGAGAUGGACACCACUGAGCAGGCACCUCCGUCAGCAGCACAGUCAACGUUACCACCUGACAAUUUGCAACAGUCUGUCAUAAGAAACAACCUUAACUUGGUCAAGGACAAACUGUUUCCUUCCAGUUCGUUCAUUGCCGACCAAGGAGUUAUUAAUCCUAACUGGAAAAAGUCGACAAUAUUUGGUCCCCUGUUAGUUUGCGUCGUCCCCCACGUGCAUAAUUUUGACCUGCGUUCUAGUGGUUUAGGUUCGGAUUCCCUUUCUCAAGGUCAAGCCUCUGGUUCUCAAACUGAUUCGUCUAAAUCUCCACCUUUCUUGAUCAACCUCGAUUCAUCGAUAUCAAUCCCUGUCCUCUUGGUAGACAUCUCGCCUCCCAACACGUCCCUUUUUGCUGUUGGAAGUAAGGGUCCUAAUGUUCCUGGAAAAUUUUACAAAGUAGAGCGAUGUCUGUCCUUGCUUGAUACCAUGCGCACUGGUGGUCCAUCGGCGCAGGUUGUUGUUCUUGAAAACGUCGCCGACGAAACCAAACGGCAUUUUGAACGAUUUGCGGCUCGCUUGGAGGUUGGAGAUGUUUUCGUAGCUCUGGCAGGUGCACAACUUUUAGCAUUUUGCUCUUCCAGCAACAAUCAAGUUUGCCAAAAACUCAAUAUCCCACCUAAACUUCCUGGGAAAACAUUGGUUUCACAGGUGUUUGUCGAGAAUUACUCUGGUUACGCUGACGCUGCUUCAAAUGCCGAUGAAAAGCGGUGGUCGCAGUACUUUCAGGAAACUUCUUAA